AUGCCAGGAACAGAAGUUCGAAUAAACCUGGCUGUAAAACUUAGUGAUCAUUUGGAUAAAGAAGUUUCAUCCAAUUCUAAUCAGGAAAAUGAGAGUGGCAGUGGUUCUGAAGAAGUGUGCUACACUGUCAUUAGUCACAGCUCUUAUCGGAGGCCUUCCUUGAGCUCCAAUGACAAUGGUUAUGAAAACAUUGAUUCUGCCACAAAGAGAGUGAGAUCCUUUAAAGAAGGGCCAGAAACAGAAUACGCCCUUCUCAGGACAACUUGCAGUGCUGGGCCUUCUUCCUGCACCUCCGAUUACGAUUAUGAACUUGUGCUUCCCCACUAG